AUGGUAAGCAAUGACGGUUUUGCCAGUGGAUACAAGGUGAAUAACGCGAGCAACGUGAAUGCCGGUGUUGGGAACGCGGGGUCGAGUGGCAACACUGCAGGAAGCGCGAGCGGCGUCAACAGUGCCGCUGGCCUGGGCUCGAGGGGUGGCGCGUACCGCCACAGCACAAAUGAGAGCAGCGCCAGUAGAGGUGCUGCGGGGAGGAACGCCGCCGCGAGGGGCAACCCCAGUCAAGCGAACCCCAAUCAGGGCGGCCCCAAUCAGGGCGGUCCCAGUCAGGGCGGUCCCAAUCAGGGCAGUCCCAAUCAGAGCGGCCCCAAUCAGAGCGGCCCCAAUCAGGGCGGUCCCAACAUGAGUACUCCAAGCCAAGGUGGACCACCACACAACGUCGCAGUAGGAGCUCCCCUGAACAGCGUGGGGCAGGGAAUUGCACAAGGCAGUGCUGCCGCUGUAGGAGGAGGGGGACACGCCUCCCCCCAACAUCAGGGAGCAUCGUCCAGCCACAACACCGUUCCUCCCACAUCAAACACUCGCAACGUGAAGAACGGCAAUGCCGCGAAUGGUAUCAGCAGUGCAUCAAGCGGUAUCGGUCCCUACAUUCAACAAAGUGAACGCAUGCCGAACGAAGCCAACAACGGGAAUGGUAGCGGAAACACUGAAUCUAAAAAUAGACCGUUUGAAUAUCUACGUCUAACUUCUCUAGGUGUUAUUGGUGCAUUAGUUAAGGUCGACAACCCCGACGUAAUUAAUUUUUUAUUGCAGACCGAGAUCAUCCCACUUUGCUUACGUAUUAUGGAGACGGGGAGUGAACUGUCCAAAACAGUGGCGACCUUUAUUGUCCAAAAAAUCCUAAUCGACGAAUUGGGACUCAACUACAUAUGUGCCACUCCUGUCAGAUUCUAUGCCGUGUCGACUGUCCUUUCAAAUAUGAUUAAUGCACUGAUAGAGAAUCCCUCCUCGAGGUUGUUAAAGCACAUUGUGAGGUGUUACUUAAGACUGUCAGAAAACCCUAAAGCCUUGAAGGCACUUAGGGAGUGCCUCCCCGAGUCACUGAGACAUGUGCACAAGGCUUUCAUUCCAUGCCUCAAGGAGGACCCCUACACCAAGAAGUGGCUGCUGCAACUACUGUACAAUAUUAACAGCGAGGAUGUCAUGCACGGCCCCGGGGGAACCCACGUCGGUACGCACGCCGGUGGUCACGGCGGUAGUCACGCUGGCAGUCACGCUGGGGUGCACGGCGGAAGUCACAUCGGCAGUCACGUCGGCAGCCAUGUCGCUAGUCACGCCGCUAGUCACGCCGGGGUGCACGCUGGAUCACAUGCAGCUGGGCAGGUGGGGACACAAGGGGGGGGGGCCCUUGGUAUGCAUACGAGGGAACACGCCGGUGCGCAUGCCACUGGCCACGUCGGAGGAUAUGCCGCCGCUACCCACUCAGGAGGACAUGGCGGAGUGAGUGGGGGACACCCUGGGGGGAGACAGGGUCUGCACGGUGCCGGCGGUUCCAAGAGCACCUAUGCGGGGGUCAGCAUUCCGGCGAGCAUGAGUGAGGGUUCCUCCACGGGAGGGGUCAGCGGCGGACACGGUAAUAGUGGUCAUGUUGGUGGGGCGCAUCCCAGUGGAGGCCUCGUCUCCUCCUCCUCCAGCAGAAGUAACUCCUUUAAGGACAAAGUGCACAUGGGAAGUGCGAGUAACCCGAACGUUAGCAGCAAGGCUGGCACGGCUAAGGGGAUGGCAAGCGCGACCACUGCACCGAGUAAUGCGGCAGCGUGUGCACUGAGUAAUGCUACCCCGAGUGGCAAUGCCAUGAACAGCGCCGCAAAUAGCGCAAAUGGAGCAAAUGGCGCAAAUGGCGCGAAUAGCGCGAAUAGCGCGAAUAACGCGAAUAACGCGAAUGGUGCAGCCGGCGCGAAUAGCGCGAAUAACGCGAAUGGUGCAGCCGGCGCGACGAACAACACCAGCAGCGGCAACGUGACAAACGCCCCCGGCGCACACGAGGGAAGUAGCGGUGGAGGUGCGAACGGCGCAGGAAAGGCUGGCAUUAAUGGAAAGACGGGCAGCAAUGGAAAGUCAGGCAGCAGCUCAAAGGCAGGUAGCAAUGGAGGCAGUGCCAACAACAACAACAACAACGGAAGCAACGCAGCCAGUGGACCCAGUCAUUAA